GUAGACAUCUUCCUGAAAACCAGGAAAGAAAGAAAAAAAAACAGGUUUGAGCUGUGUGACUUUAUUUUGUCCUCAUUUACAUUUCAACACUGCUCGUGUUUACUUGGCUAAGGCUGACUAGCUAGCUGUCUAUGCUAACAAUGUUAUGCUAGCUUAGCUGCCUUAAAAACAAACCACGUAUAUUGUAGUAGUUAUGCUUUGCCAGCUGAAACAGUUAAAAAUAUAAAAAUAUCAUACUACGAUAUAAACAUUUUAUAUCACUUAGCAUUAGCAAAGAAAAACUAAAACCGAGAUAAAACAAUAAAUCCAGUUCGAGCAACGUUAAUUAAACCCGUUCCAAAUCACUCCCUGCGCACUACGUAGUGCACUACACACUCGUUGUUUCUUCCCUAUUUAGUUCACUUAUACUCUAAGAAAGUGGUCAUUUGGGAUCCAGCCACCGUUGCGCCCUAGAUAGCAGCUAGGCAACUGCACAUUUCGCAGAAACGUACGCGCUUCACGAAACCUCAACUUGCGAAAUAAAUGUACUCGGAGUUAAAACGCAAAUUUUGUGGUCUUUAUGUUGUUGUUGUUGUUGUUUUUUAAUAGAAAAAAUUUGCUGUUACAAGGCUCUUACUUGGCUGUUGGAAACACAGCAGAUGGAGCGCCACCCAACCAGUAUAAAGCACAGGCUCCCCUACUGACCAGCCGCGGAACUGCAACUUCCCCAUUCGCGAUGAGCUGUUCAUGAACGAGUCGCUUGUUGGAGUCGACUCUUAUAGUCACUUGGUGUGCAGUUUCCGAGAUUGAAGAGCAGAAGUGUUUGGACCUGGCUGGCAACAUCACGUUACGGAACGUCCGCGGGAAACUGCAGUGUGUGCGCGGUCAGAGUGCUACGGACUGCAUGCAGAGGAUUAAGAACGGCACGGCCGAUGCUGCCUCCAUGUUUCCUGACGAGAUCUACACCGCCGGCAUUUGUUACGGGUUAGACGUCGCGGUAGGAGAAUCACACAAUGGAAUGGAUGGUGUUAAUUACUACGUAGUGGCAUUGGCGCGCAAGUCCUCGGGUGACCUGUCCCUGCUGGAGAUGCACGAGCGCAGUUCAUGCCACCCGGGAAUCCGCACCACCGUGGGCUGGACGGUGCCAAUCGGCUUCCUGGUCAACACGUCGCAGAUCAGCGUGGACGAGCAGUGCAACUUCCCUCAUGCGGUGGGAGAUUUCUUUGGCUAUAGCUGUGUCCCAGGGGCCAAAGAUCCAGAGCAUGACCCCAAAGGCAACAAUCCCAGAAACCUUUGCGAGGCCUGCAUAGGUGAUGAGAACGACCGGCACAUCUGCGCCAACAAUCCUCGUGAACGGCACUACGGGGAGGCAGGAGCUCUCAGAUGUGUGGCCGAGAACCUCGGGGACGUGGCCUUUGUGAAACACACCACUGUCUUUGACAACCUCAAUGGUAAGAACCAGGAAUCAUGGGCUCUGGACAUAGAGAUGGAAGACCUGAAGCUGCUGUGCCCAGAUGGAGGUGAGGCGCCUCCCUCUGAACACGAGCGAUGCCACCUGGCCGUGGUCCCCGCCAACGCUGUAGUGGUGCGCCUGGAGGACAAAUGCCGCGUUUACAAGUUCCUGGAACGUGUUCAGAAUGCGUUCGCCAAUGCCACGCACGGUUUCUCGCUCUUUAGCUCGGUGGGGUACGGACAACCUGACGUCAUGUUCAGCGACUCGACUUUGAAGCUGAUGAGGGUGAUGGGAACUUACCAGUCCUGGCUGGGACACAGUUACACCACCAUGCUUCAGGCGUUCGAGUGUGAAGGCUUGUGCUGAUGGGAUUAAGAGACUUUCUCUCUCUCUCUCUCUCUCUCUCUCUCUCUCUCUCUAUCUCUCUCUCUAUCUCUCUCUCUCUCUCCCUCCCUCCUUCCUCUCUCAGAUAUUCCUAUCCCUACCUACUAGGCCAAGUUCUCGUUCAUGCUUUUCCUCCUCUGCUCUUUCCUCUGUCCUCCUCUGUCCUCCUCUCCUCUUUCUUCCUCUCCUCUUUCCUCUCCUCUCUCCUCUGUCCUCCUCUCCUCUUUCUUCCUCUCCUCUUUCCUCUCCUCUUUCCUCUGUCCUCCUCUCCUCUUUCCUCUGUCCUCUUUCUUCUGUCCUCCUCUCCUCUUUCCUCCUCUCCUCUCUCCUCUGUCCUCCUCUCCUCUUUCCUCCUCUCCUCUUUCCUCCUCUCCUGUUUCCUCUGUCCUCUUUUCCUCUGUCCUCCUGUACUCCUCUCCUCGUUCCUCUGUCCUAAUCUCCUCUUUCCUCCUCUCCUCCUUCCUCGCAACUUGCUAUACACAUCCCACUACAUACGCUAUCCGAUCUGCGAUCUCACCGAGGACGAAGGCCGACGAGGUUGCCUCAUGCUGUGAAGGGAUUCAUUCUAUUGAGCCUAUACUGUGUUAAAUCCAUGCAAUUUGAUACAUAUCCUUGGUUAAUUGGGGGUCCGCUUAGUGGCGCGUGCCACCAUUAGCCCAGGUUGUUUGUACACCAGCAACAGCUAAAAAGAGUGUUUUAGUUGGUAAUAAUGAAGAACUUUAUUGAAGAUUUAAAAUGUCAUUUGAGCCUGUAUUACAUGUUUGACGGUCUAAUAGCAACAGCCACCUGAGCUUAGCGUUCAAGGCUUGUUCAUCUUGCAUAGACAAUCUUCUAGAGAAUCUUUUCACCAAAUCUCUUACCAAACUUCACUCUGGAAAAUGUUCUCCUGGUCACGCAUACUCAUCCCAAUUUAGAAGGAUCUCAACACAGGUGCUCAUACAAUGCUGUCUUCAGGACUUGAACAAUAUUUCAUGUAAAUAGUCUUUUGUUUCUUUAAUUUGUAGGACAGAUUUACACGAAUAUCCUAUUAUCAAUAAAACAAAAAUAUGUGAAAAAGUGAAAA